UGUUGAUCCACUUACUAUAUAAGCAAUCUCUGAAAUUUUACCCUCUUUUGGUUUCGCGAAGAACACUAGAUUUCCUUCGGGCGCAAUCGAAUAACCGCCUUUGAAAUUGAGGUAAAUCGGCUCCGCAAUGGAAGAAGAUGAAUAGGUUACUCAGCAGUCCGGCAUCGCACCUCCGCCAUUUCCGGGAGACUAUAGCCCAACACCAGUCCACUAUCUCGGCAGACGAACCGAAUGCCCUAAGCAUUCUAUGGCACCGCCAAAUCCUCGAUCCCAACAGCGACAUUGUCAGCCACUGGAACCACAUUUUUUUACUCACCUGUUUGAUCUCCCUGUUCAUCGACCCCCUCUACUUUUACCUCCCGUACGUCAUCGAAGAGAACGCUUGUAUGACCAUUGAUAAUGAAGCGUCUGUUAGGAUCACGUAUUGUCGGACUAUCGCUGAUAUAUUCUUCAUCCUCCAUAUCGCGAUGAAGUUUCGAACGGCAUUUGUGGCUCCAAGUUCUAGAGUUUUCGGCCACGGGGAGCUCGUCCUGGAUCCCAAACAAAUCAAAAUGAGGUAUCUCAAGUCAGAUUUUAUCGUUGAUCUAACAGCAGCGCUUCCAUUGCCACAGAUAGUCAUCUGGUAUGUGAUUCCUGCAACGAAAACCGAAGGGACUGGUCAUUCUAACAACACGCUUGCCCUCAUUGUCCUCACCCAAUAUAUUCCCCGAUUAUUUAUCAUAUUUCCUUUGAAUCGGCGGAUAAUAAAAACCACAGGGUUUAUUGCGAAGACAGCUUGGGCAGGGACUGCAUAUAAUCUGCUUCUGUUCUUGCUAGCCAGCCAUGUAAUAGGAGCUGCGUGGUAUCUGGCAUCUAUAGGGCGGCAAUUCUCUUGCUGGGAGCAGAGAUGUAUCGAUGAGUUUGAGAGCAUCCCACCCUGCCAAUUGGUAUUUCUUGAUUGUUUGAGUUCGGAAAAUGAUAGUCUCGAAAGGGAAUACUGGUUGAAUGUGACAAGCGUGUUCACUCGUUGUGAUCCCAAAAAUGAUGACUCUGGUUUCAAGUUUGGAAUUUUUGCUGAUGCAUUUACCAGCGAGGUUGCUUCCUCUGUUUUUAUGCACAAGUAUCUUUACAGUCUCUGGUGGGGCUUAAGAAAUUUGAGUUCAUAUGGACAAAAUUUGAACACAAGCACUUACGCAGGGGAGACAUCAUUCUGCAUUGCUUUGUGCAUUUCUGGCCUGGUUCUGUUUGCACAUCUGAUGGGCAAUAUCCAGACAUACAUGCAAUCGUUGACAGUGAAACUCGAAGAGUGGAGAAUCAAGAAAAGAGACACCGAAGAAUGGAUGAGGCAUCGGCAGCUGCCCCCGGACUUACAGGAACGUGUGCGUCGAUUCAACCAAUACAAAUGGCUCGCCACGCGCGGCGUCAACGAGGAAGAAAUCCUUCAGUCACUGCCACCAGAUAUCCGCCGCGAAAUCCAGAGACAUCUUUGUCUCAACCUCGUCCGCCGCGUCCCAUUCUUUGCCCAAAUGGACGACCAACUCCUGGACGCCAUAUGCGAGCGGCUUGUCUCCUCCCUGAGCACCGAAGGCAGCUACAUUGUCCGGGAAGGCGAUCCAGUGAACGAGAUGCUCUUUAUCAUCAGGGGACAAAUGGAGAGCUCAACAACAAAUGGAGGACGAUCGGGAUUCUUCAACUCCAUAACUCUCAGACCAGGUGAUUUCUGCGGCGAGGAGCUUCUGACAUGGGCGUUAGUACCAAAUUCAUCUCUAAACCUGCCUUCCUCCACGAGAACUGUCAAGACUCUAACCGAAGUCGAAGCAUUCGCUCUGCGCGCCGAAGAACUAAAAUUCGUGGCCCUUCAAUUCAAGCGCCUGCACAGCAUGAAGCUGCAGCAAGCAUUCAGAUACUAUUCCCAUCAAUGGCGGACGUGGGGGGCUUGCUACAUCCAGGCCACCUGGAGAAGGUUCAGGAAGAAGAAGCUGGCGAAGGGGGUGGCUAUGCAAGAACAGUUUGAUGAUCCAGGGCCCAAGGGAUUGUACAGUGAUGAUGAGGAUGAGGAGAGCGAAAGUGAUGAGAGCAGUAGUUCUGGUGGAGCUCAUUCUGGAGAUAACAAUCCUCAGAAUCUUGGAGCCACGUUUUUGGCAUCAAGAUUUGCUGCAAACACUAGGAGAGGGAUUGUUCAGAAGACACAGGCUCCUGAAACUAAUGCUUCUGCUUCGUCAUCCUCCAGCUUGAAGAUGCCUAAAUUGAUUAAGCCAAAUUUGCCAGAUUUUUCUGAAGAAGUUUAGAACAUUGAUUAAUGUUGUGUUGUUUGUAGAUUAAUGUAAUUGUAGGGGCUUGUUUUAGAAUUAGUGAUAAAAUACAACUCAACAAAUUCCAAGUUUUGAUCCACCGUUUCCCGCG